UAUCCAGACUGCCCAAGCCUAGCUUGCGGCCCAAGUCUGCCUCGGUCUCCAGCGACGCUCAGACGGGUCCGACUGCCACUGUGAACACCAGCAGCUCCACCAACGCUGCUGCAGCCAGCUCCCGCCUCACCAACGGGUUCUACCAUCAUCCCGGCCCAACUGGGGUCAACAGCAGUUUACCUGCACCCCCCUCCUCUGUAAAGCAGAAUAGAUUUAUCAGAGUGCCGACAUCGUUUUCCAUCAAAUGGAGGAAAGAAAAUGUGGUGACGGAGUCUGGAGGGGCUGAUGGAGAGAGGGAGUGGAGGAGAGGAAAUGUCGGGCAGAAUCAUCAGCAUUAUUCCCAGUGGCAGCAGGGCUCAGCAGUGGUGUCGCAGCGCAACGCCAAAAGACCGCCUACAUCUUCUGCAGCAAAGGGGCGUGGUUUAGUCCAGACUGUCACUACUUCAUCAUCAGCAUCACCGCAGUCCGGCCCCAGAACUCUUCCUGUUUCUAGAACUGGGUUUCUCAGUUCCAAACCAAGUCAAACUGCACCCGGGCUGACCAACAGCACAAAGCAGACGGUAAACAGCCUUUCAGGAUCUAAAGCACAGAGCGGCACCACUGGUUCUCUAAGACGGCCUCAGAGUUUUGCUCAGCUGGGUGGUUCUAGUCCUGGUUCUCAAUCUAGUUUCCCUCUGCAAAAGAAACUGCCGGCCAGCCGCUCACAGUCCAUCGACAGCCCUGGGUCCGCUCCAUCCAUCCCGCUAAUUCAGAGUGAUCGUUUGCGGUCACGUAGCUUCACCCAGGUCCGAGAGCAGCUUUCCCCUGCCCUCACCCCUUCCUUCACCACCUCCUCCCUCCCUCACUCCCCUACUGUCACCUGCUCUUACUCCAUCAACAGGGUUGCUGAAUGGGGAUUCAACAGACCGCCUGCUUCCUCUGCUCAGGCUCCACCCAGUGGGAUCUUGGUGAAUUCUUCUGUUGGCAGCCAGACUCAUGAGGGUGGAGGUGGAGGGGUCAGAGUUCAAAGACAGUCCCUUGCUACCUUAAAGAAACCCUUCCUGCCCAAUCCGGGCACUGCCUCUAAGCCCAGUGGCAUCAGCUACAAGCUGUCACGCCCGUCAUCCAUAAAGCAGUCACACCCCCUCUGGGCGACCCCAACCAGUGUGUCUGGAGGUGACCAGGAAGUAAACCUGAUGGGAUGGAGGAGCUCGGUAGAAACACGUUCUAGCACAGAAAACAGCCCAGAAAGUUCCCCAGAGGAUCCAGAGAUACAGGGGCUCACAGCAGAGCCUGUGUCCCAGGCAGAGGUGUCGACUGUGGGGGAGACACUGGAGGACAUGUCCCUGUCUUCAACCUCCUCUCUGGAUAGAAACGAUACCAGUCAGGAGUAUAUGGAUGACUUUGACAACCUGGGAAACGGAGGGGUCGGCAUUCUGCUGUUCUCCUCUAAAAAUGAUGAGGACGACUCAGGGCUGGACCAGUCAUGUGUCAGAUAUGAUGAUGACAAGGUGGCUGUUAACAGUGUCACCAAAGGAGCAGGACUCUGUUUUCUGGACGAGGGUAUGGACUGGGCCGACAUGAGACUCAGUGGUGAGCGCGCUGAGCAUCGUCUGACCCGACUGUCACACCGGAGAAGUUCCAGUCAGCCAGACUACCACGACCAGGGUGGGUCGUCCCUGGACCUGUCCCCCUCCGACAGCUGUGGCUCUGGGGGAACCUACAUGUGGGAUGAGGAGGGUCUGGAGCCGCUAGGGGGCCCUGCCACAACCGUCUCCAUUAACUCCAACAGCAACACCACCCACCACAUUGGGAGCUUCGACUCGGACCUCAACAGUGUCGACAUCGUGAACAACCUGGACUCUUGUGAUCUGGAUGAUGACGACCUUAUGCUGGACGAAGACUUUGCCUCACUACACAGCGAUGGAGACGGGAUGUCCCAUAUGGCGCGGUGGGGAAGGAGACAGCUCUGCUGGGGAGUGCAGGAUGACAGUGAAAGUGACUUCCAGUGUUACAAGCUAACAGACGAUCCUGGGAACAAGAGAACGGACACGACCGGGGACGGUGACCUUGUUCUGGACCUCCGACCUCCAAGGUCUCCCUGCCUGACUUCUGGUACGCCUGCUUUGGGUGUGGAUGUGCAGGAGCUGGUUGAAGACUGUUCUGCAGUCAGGUCACAGCUGGAGCACCUGCAGAGGUUACUGCUGCAGGAGGAAGACCUGGACGAAGACACCCUGACGACAGACGCUGUGAGCCCUGAGGCUGACACCACCUCCCACAGCUCUGACACACAGGUGCAGGCUCUCCUGCAGGAGGUGCAGCAGCUCAGGGAGGAGCUAAAGAGCCGAGACCGAGCCAUCGCACACCUCACACUGCAGCUGACUGUUCCCAUGGCGACCACCAGGUGUCGUUGCCAGGAGACGACAGGAAGGAUAGAUCGAUACACACAGACGAGUGUGACGGAGAGAGAGAGCGUGGCCUCGCAGACGCUGUGGACAGAGCCCAUGUCACAGAUACUUCACUCCUCCUCCCAGGAAGACCAGGAGCCACUGACAGACUGGGUCCCAGCUCCAGCUAACCCCUGCCCCACACAGCCCGAAAUCCCUGCUGCUCAACUCCCCCACCAUCCUGAUAGAAACACCACUGACCCCACAACCCAGAGAGGAGAGGAUUCUGGGAAGAGACAGAGGAAGAUGGGGCAGGAGAAGGGAGAGCCAAAUGAGAGGAGAGGAGCAUCCAUCAGAUCCCUGCAGCUCCCGCAGCCUUCCAAACUCCGCCUGUUCCUGACCCAGACCUCCAGACAAGCGUCCAGCUCUGGCUCUGCCUCUGCUGCCACCACCUCUUCAAAAGCAAGGGUGUCUAGCCAGCUUUCCAGCAAUGCGGACAGAAGCAGAACUUUUGGGUUUAAGCUCAAAAGUCAGGCCUCCACCGUCAGCUCCUCACACCUCCCCAAGGCAAAGGGCCAUUAAAAGAGCUGCUGGUCUCCGACACCACCCUCCUGACACAACUACGUGAACCCCCUCCAAGAUUUACUGUGCUUCUACGCUUUGAGUAUAAUAGACUUGGUAAGCGGUAAAUGGGGAUGAAAUAUCUACAGUUAACUUAUUUAUUCAUAUUUUUAGCUCUGUGAUUGAUAAUAAAGGUUCAAACACUU